GCGCCGGAGGGGACCCGCGCCCGCCCGCCUCGGCGCCGGGCCCAUGCGGGGAGAUGGCGGCGGGCCGAGCGCUGGCCGCGCUCCUGGCCGCGCUCCUGGCCGCCUCGGCACAGCUGCUCCCGCGGGAAGCUUCCUUUACAAUCUCUCUUCAUAAAGCGGACAACACCACAGUUACGAUUAAACUGAAACCUGUUCUUCCACUAAGCUGUCGAAUACGCGUGAAAAAUGUCUUCAUGUCGGAACUCAAGAUAAAGCCUGGGGACAAUGUGACUUUUACCUUCACCUGUAGUACUCCCGAGAAGUAUUUCAUCGCAGAAAUUCAGAAAAAUAUUGACUGUGUGUCAGGCCCAUGUCCCUUUGGAGAUGUUCAUCUUUACCCACCGGGGCUACCUCGCCUUAACAGGACUUACAUCUGGGACGUGAAGGCAAGUACAAAAGCUGGACUUGAGCUAAAAUUUUCUACCUCCUGGCUAAGACAGAUUGAACCAGGAGAGACGUGCCCAGACUCCGUUAGCUACAACAUCAACAGCUGUAUUGAUAAGGCCAUGGUGAACAUUGGCACUUUCUGCAGGAAUGGCUCCGUGUCUCGCAUCAAGCUGCUGGGAGGAGUUGUCAUGUCACUGCACCUCCCGUGGCACUUGCCUCUCACCACCUCAGGCUUCAACAUAGCCAACAGGGCUUCCAUAAAACGGUUAUGCAUCAUUGAAUCAAUUUUGAAGGGGGAGUCUUCAAUCACCCUGAUGUCCCCUAACUACCCGCUGGGCUUUCCAGAAGACGAGCUCAUGACGUGGCAGUUUGUGAUUCCUCCCAACAUGAGAGCAAGCGUGUUCUUCCUCAACUACAGCCUCUCCAACUGCGAAAGGAAGGAGGAGAGGGUGGAGUACUACAUCCCCGGCUCCCCCAGCAACCCGGAGGUGUUCAGGCUGAGCGACAGCCAGCCUGCCAAUAUGGCUGGCAGUUUCAACAUGUCCCUGCAGGGCUGUGAUCAGGAUGCCCAGAACCCGGGCAUUCUUCGCCUGCUCUUCCAAGUCAUCGUUCAGCACCCACAGGUUGAUGAGAAUGUCACCCAUUUGGUCGACCUGAGCAAGGAGAAGAACAUGACUGUGACAAUACACUUGGAAGGGUGGCUCAGCCACAUCCCCCUCAUGUCUGAACCCAUAUGCCUGAUCUGCAAGGAUCCUCGCAGCUGCGACCGCGUCUUGACUUUAACCUCUGGUGCCGUCUACAGGAUCUCCUUUCUGUGCAAGGACUUGUCCCGGCUGAGGAUCACGGCUGAAAAAGUCAUAGGCUGUAUGGACAUUCGUUGGUGUCAGAAGAAGAUCUAUUCCCUUUCAGUGCCCAAGGCUAUUACCCGAUUGCCAAUUCGGCUGCAUAAGUUUAUUUGGAAGCUCUUGGCCACUGAUAUGAUCAACAUAGAAAUUAUGUCUCCGUCCUUGAAACUUCAGCAACACGUCUCAGAGCAGAGGUGCAACAUGAGCUACAGUUACAGCAUUGUUAGUGCCACCCCGGAGACAGAGCUGAAUGUUGGUGUCUUCUGUCCCGGUGGAUCUAUUGAAAAGAUUCAGAUGAGGAAUAAUAUCUCCAUAUCCUUAAAAACAUUUGGGAAAGGAUUCAUCAAUGAGUCAAUCCCUCAGGAUCUGAAAAUGUCUUUCGUGCCACAUAUUAAAGAUGAGUGCAUAUUCACUGUGAGUCCAGAUCCAAAAGCUAAAGUUUACUUGCAGACUCCCAACUGGCCUUACGGUUUACCUCCUUAUGUUUCCAUAUCCUGGUUGAUCGCUGUGCCCAGCAAGCAGACUGCCCGCCUCGGGUUCUCCAAGGACCGCAUGGGCAUUGCCUGUGAGACGGGCCGCGCCUACGUCAACAUCAAGGAAGAGACUCUGGGAGCAGAGGAGAUCGUGCGCCGCGAGGACGAGCUCCUGCCCCAGCCCCGAAACAUGCUCCACAACUUCUGGGUGAACGUCUCCAACUGUAGACCUGUGGAUAAGACGCAGCUGACACUGCAGUUCUGGGUGACUUUGGCUGACAAGCAGAUAGACCUCGGAAUCAUACUUGCUGUGGUGGCUGGGGCUGGAGUUCUCACAGUGAUUGGACUGACCGUCUGCUGUGUUAAGAAGAAGAAGAAGAAAGCCCAGAAUCCCAUGGUGGGAGUGUACAAUGAUAACGUGAAUACCCAGAUGCCUGGAAAAAAGGGCUUGUUCGGAAAAGGGAGGCAAAACAAUGAGUCUCAUGUCUAUGCAGUUAUUGAUGAUGCUGUGGUCUAUGGACACUUGCUAAAGGAGUCAAAUGGCUCAGUCUCUCCAGAAGUCGAUGUCUACCGGCCUUUUGAUGGACCCGUUGGUAGCUUGCCACCUUCUCCUCCUCCAUUCUCCUUCAGAAAAGACAUUAAACGCUCUUCUAACACCGAGGAGGAACCUCUGCCCCUGGCAGACACAGACCAAGACACUUACACGUUUGCCCAUCAGAAGUCAGGGCAGUCAGAGGACAAUGGAGAUGCAAAUAAAAAGGAUAAGGGAGAUACAAGCGUGCCCUUGCUGGAAAAUAAGGAGCGGGAUGGUUUAGUGGAGUAAUUUUAUGCCAGGUAUAGCAGUUUCCUGUGGAAACACAGGUGUAAGGACAGUGGCCUAGGAGAAAAACAUACUGAAGAGGAGUGUUAUUUUUAACUACGUU